GCCGCCAUGGACUCGUCGUCGUCGCGCUCGGCGGCCUCCGGGGCCGCGCCCACCGUGUCGUCCGGCGCCGUGUUCAUCUCGGCGGCCAUCUUCCUGCUGUUCCUCACGUUCGCCCUCGCGCUCAUCAUCCUCCGCCACUCUUACUUCAGCAGCACCGGCGCGGCGCCCAGUCAGCCACGGGCGUGGAGCGCCCAGGUGGUGGCCCCGCCUCCCAGGGCCAGGGGUGUCGACCCGGAGCUGCUGCGGUCGCUGCCGGUCACGGUACACCGCGCCGCGGACGGAGUCGGAUCGGUGGAGUGCGCGGUUUGCCUGGCCGAGCUCGAGGACGGGGAGGAGGUGAGGUUCCUGCCUCGGUGCGGCCAUGGAUUCCACGCCGGGUGCGCCGACAGGUGGCUGGCGUCCCACACCACCUGCCCGCUCUGCCGAGUCACCGUCGGCAAGCCCGACGCGCUUAUAUCGACGACGAGUCUCCCUCCCGUAGCGCCGGAGCCGGCGAUCUACGCAGCGAACCUGCCGGCGAGUGCGCUGCUCGGGGUUUCAGACCGGGCCACGCUCGGCACGGUCACCGUGGCCACCGACGGAGUGCUGGUGAUCGACGUUCCGGAGUCAAGGAUGGCGGCAGCGAUCCCGCGCGACGCGUCCAAGUCUCCGGGCGUGAACAGGCUGAGGUCUGUGAAGAGGCUGUGGAGCUUCGGGAGGCAAGGGCCGUCGGGGUCCACUUCACCCUGCGCCGGCGGGAGCGGAACGGCUGAUUUAGAGCGGGGCAUUAGCAUCACCUAUGCAUCCCUGAGAGCUCCGGUCCGGUGUAGCGUUGAGCCGUCGCCCGGAACUGCCGCCGAGAAAUCAUCGAGCGUUUAAG